AUGCCUUCUAUCGUUGGCAAUCUUGCUUGUCAGCGCAACUCGUAUUUACGGCGACUGGAGACCACUGUUGUGUCCUGCGUGCCCAGCACUUCCAAGAAUAAUUCGAGCGGCAGUGGAGGCUCGAAAGAAAACUUUAAAUCCAUCCCAUUAGAGAAGCGGCCAGCGGCUGACUUAGAACCCUUCGAAAUCGAGUUUGAAGAUACGGUACUCUUUCCAGAAGGUGGCGGUCAACCGGAGGAUCAUGGACUCAUCAAACUCUGCGAGGGAACACAUGCAUCCCAACCAGCUGAAAUCCUCAUUACUCGCAUAGCUCGGCAUGGACUGCGCGCCGUACACUUCUCCUCGUCACCGCUCGAACCAGGCACUAAAGUUGUACAGGAAGUAUCUUGGGAUCGAAGAUGGGACCACAUGCAGCAGCACACAGGCCAGCAUCUUCUCAGUGCAGUUAUGGAUACAUACCAAGGCCUCGAGACUCUAGGGUGGAGUAUGGGGGCCAGUCCUUCCCUUAUGCCCAACAUGAAUUUCGUCGAGUUGGGUCGGAAACCAACGGACGCAGAAAUCUCAGAAAUCCAGCAUAGAUGUAAUAGUAUUAUAGCAGAGAACCGUCAGGUCACCGUUGACACACCGUCGGAUGCAGACACCACUUCUCUUCCAUCUGAUUACGACGCGUCACAAGGACUUGUUCGGGUUGUCAAAAUAGACGGCAUCGAUGAAAAUCCAUGCUGCGGAACCCAUCUCUCUCAAACAUCCCACAUCUCACUCAUUCUUAUCUCCCACACUCAACCCAUUCGAGGCACUAAUACACGUCUAUACUUCACUUGCGGCCAACGUGCCAUAACCCUCGCCACGUACUCCAUCCGUGCCGCACGGUCCAUCGCGGGCAUUGUAUCUGCAUCCAUCUCCGACUUGGAGAACGUGAUUUCGAAGGUUACGAAGAUAGAUCUGGAACUAAGGGACGCGAAACGAGCAAAACGGAGGCUCGAAGCCGAGUUGGCUAAGUUCGAAGCAGAGAAUAUUAAAAGA